AAAUAGUGGAGUUUCAGAAGACAGUGGGCAGCUUAAUCGAACUUGUCGAUCAACUGGCAAAAGCGGCUGAAAGUGAGAAGAUGAAGGCCAUCGGUGCACGGAAUUUUCUGAAGUCUAUAGCAAAGCAAAGAGAAGCUCAGGAGCAGCAACUUCAGGCUUUAAUAGCUGAGAAGAAGAUGCAGCUGGAAAGAUACCGAAUAGAGUACGAGACUCUGUGUAAAACUGAAGCAGACCAGAAUGAAUUCAUCGACCAAUUCAUUUUUCAGAAAUAGAGGACUUCAAGAUAGAAGCAAACUAACUUGGAACCGCGACCAUUCCAGAAUCUUGAGAACUGCAAGAAUAUGCAUUUUUUCACUGUGUACGAAUGAAGAGAUGGCUUGUACAAAUGGAAGUGUCUUUUAAUUCAGUGUGAAUUACAUUAAAAGUGGCAAUAAGGACUUUCUAACAGAUGUAAAGACUGUUCUGUCCUUUGAUUUUAUAGAAGUUUUGUACAGUCAGUAGCACCAACUCAAGCUAUAGUUGAAUUAAUACUACUGUUGCUAUGUUAUGUCUCUCACGUUUCGAAGUGUACAGCUCUUUCAAAGAAAUCGGGAAAUAAAUUACUGUUUUCAC